UGGCAAAUCAUUCCGAACGCGACCAUUUCAGAGUCUUAAGAGACAACCGCGAAAACAAGCCAAAUAGUGAAAUAAUUUACCAAGUGCCAAAAUAUAAAGAAUAAAAAAUGCGUGCUUUUAUCUUCCUGUGUGUAUUAGCCUCUGCUUACGCCGAUAAAUUGGGCUACAACUAUCGUCCUGUUGGCCAUUCCGAUAGCGGGCUCUCAUUUACGCCCGGUGGCGGCGCAGGUGGAUUAGGUGGUAUCGGCAGUGUUGGUGGACUCGGUGGCAGUCUUGGUGGACUCGGCGGCAGUUUGGGUGGACUCGGCGGCAGCGGUGGUGUUGGUCCUGCUGCACCUGCACCAGUUUAUCAGGCACCAGUUGCUGAGUACGAAAAGGAGUUCUUCACAUACACUGCCGAUGAAAAUGAGUUCAGUGAACCAGCCGGCAAUGGUCAGGUGAUCGAAUCGUUGAAAAAGAACUUGCGCGUCAUCUUCAUCAAGGGACCCGAGGGCAAUGGCUUGGAGAAGGCCGCUGUCAAUCUCGCCAAACACGCUGCCGAGGAAAGAACCGCCAUUUAUGUAUUGCAGAAACAAGCUAACUUGGGCGAUUUGGCUAACAAAUUACAGGCUGAAAAUGAUGUGCAACGUCACAAGCCCGAAGUGCACUUUGUCAAAUACCGCACACCCGAGGAUGCGGCCAACGCUCAGCGUGCCAUUCAAUCUCAAUACGAUCAAUUGGGCGGCAAUUCUCAAAGCUACAAUGGCGGUGAUGCUCCAGUACACAACUUUGCUUCUCCAACUGCGCGACCAGCACCACGUCCAGUUAGCGCUCCCGGCGCUGCUUAUCUGCCUUCAUCCAUUUUCCGUGUCUAAAGGUUAUAGACAAACGUGUUAGCAAAACUGAAAUCGACUUUGAAAUGUUGUUAUAUACAUAUAGACUGAUGAUUCUUGUUAAUUGUUGUUAUCUACUCUUAAUAAACUGUUUACUUAGUAAUGCAUAAUUA